AUGGGUCGAACAGGUUACCGUGUGGAGGGACUACCCCACGAUACAACUCUCGAAAAUGUCCAUAAUUAUCUGCAAUUUGACCCGGAAGCAAAUAUGCAACUGGUUGCUCGAUCAGUAGCGCCACUUAUUGAUGGUAUGCCGAACGAAUUGAGAGUGGCUACAGUAGACUUUAUACCACCGCCGGGUUGGAAUCCAUCGGUUCCAUUCCCGACUCUGAAAGGCCAUGGGGGAGAUAGAGUUGUCGUUGACCAAACGUUUUAUGGGUUCACACCUUUGAAUGAGCCGAAAGAACCAGUAGCUCUUGACAUCAUCGCUGUCACGGGACUUGCGGGGAAUGCAUUUGGGUCAUGGGCUUCGGAGCCAACGCAUAUGUGGCUGCGAGAUAAAUUAGCGAUCGACUUUCCUAGUGCAAGGAUCAUGAGUUACGGGUUUGACUCUCACUUGAAAGGUAGUCAUUCAGAGGCUGUUAUUUCAGUGUUUAGUUCUCGUUUUCGUAGCGAUGUGGAGGAGAUCCGCAGACAUGCAUCGGAUCGGCCCCUCGUGUUUAUCGGACAUAGCUUAGGAGGAUUAGUGAUCAAAAAAGCCAUGUUAGGGCGAUGGAAGAUCAUGCCGUUAAUCCCUUUAAUGAUAUUCAUGGGAACACCUCAUCGUGGAUUGGACACGGAGGCCCUUCUUGAACUCGUCAAGCACGAUGCGACAGCCCCAUUGAUUCGACAAAUAUCUUUCCGGUCCCAUGAGCUCAACGAAUUGAACUCCGACUUUUGUCACUUCUUAUCCACGGCACCAGAUAUCUCGAUACUGUCAGUCUAUGAGACCAUUCGAACCAAAACUUUGGUUGAGAUGGCCGAUGGCACAUGGGCAAGACAAGGAUUGGAAAAGAUGAUGGUACCUCCCGACUCAGCAAUACUCGGCGUUGGUUCAAGGGAGGUGGAAGUUCCUUGUAUUACGGAUCACUCUCGACUGGCGAAAUUUCCUGCUACAAGCCAGGGUACUGCAUACCCACAAGUUCAAGGAGCAAUCAUGAAAUCAAUACGGACAACCCCCAUGGGGCAUGAGGAACUAAUAUAUGCGAUACGACACCAAGACUUGAAGAGAGUUGAGUCACUUGUCAAAUCUGGAGACUUUCGUCUCGACCGUUUGGCUCAAAAUGGCGACACUGCUCUGGUACUUGCAGCUAAAUGGGGCUCCAAGGCUGCUGUGAAGUGUUUGCUAGCAUAUGGCGCCAAACCGGACGAAUGCGAUGAAGCGGGGUGUACACCUUUGUUUGCAGCCGCCGGUCAGUAUGAAGCAUCACUCGAUGUGGUCAAGUUGCUGGUUGAGAAUAACGCAGACAUCAAUUUAGUUUCGGGUGAUUUGGGAUGUACCCCGUUACAUGGAGCUGUCCAGAUACCCCCAAACUCUCAUAUCGUUCAGUUCUUAUUGAGCCGUGGUGCAGCGACGGAGGUUCAGAAUGCGCAUGGACUGACCCCUCUUUACAUCGCCUCGCGCCAAAACUGUGUGUUUUCUGUGAAGCUAUUACUGCAGUAUGGCGCAGUUGUUGAUUCUUGCAAUUGGGAUAUAAAAGAUAGGAAAUAUGGAGAAACACCAUUAAUAGCGGCAGCUUAUUUCGAUAAAGGAAUCGCUCAUAACACACAUGUGAUGGAACUACUUAUUCAGGCUGGCGCCGAUAUCAAUAUUGGAGCUGGGAAUUCGAAACAUACAGCUUUGAUGAUAGCAUGUCUAAAGGGUUAUGACCGAGGAGUCAAAUGCUUGCUCGAACAGGGUGCCGAUGAAGGCAUGAGAGAUGCCAAUGGUAACAAUUCCUUGAUGUAUGCUGCGAGGGUAGGAAAUGUGCACACAAUUAUGACACUGGCAGAAUAUGGUAGCACCAGUAUUGACACACAGUCUGCACAAAGACGAGUUCUAGAUUGGGCUAUCUACUUCGGGAAAGUUGAAAUAGUCAAAUAUCUCGUAGCGUUAGAUCUUGGCUACCAACCAAUAGGUGCGGAUGAGCGAUUCGCAAGCAACAUUGAUGAUCAGACGAGAGAGGAGAUUGAGGCAUAUUUACCGAAGCCCAACAAUAAUGGUCUACCUGUCAAAGGGUUGACCUUUUGGGACCGAUAUAGUUUAGCCUCCCGUAUUUUGCGACCCGCUUAUGUUACACUUAAUUUGGGGGCUGAUGAAAAGUUAGAGACCGGGCGAAACUUGGAACGAACUGUCGAAUCAUACAAGAAUGAGAACAUGCAAAGGAGGAGUGGGAUGAAGGCUCUCGAGAUGUUGCGUCGUGCGCAGAAUGACAUUCCAUCAGGGCUAGAUCCCGUCAACAAUAUGUGCCAGAGAUGGUAUCAUUCAUCGAUUUUGAAGAACGAGAUCCUGUAUAUUUAUGGUGGUUACGAAACGUUUAUUGAAUCCAACAAACAUGGUGCCAAAACUGGGAAUAUCACUAUGGGUACAAACAAUUAUAUGAUACGUGUUGGAAUGGAUGAGUCUUGGGACUGGACAACAGCUUCAGCAAGCCUGCCACUGGUAUCGGAACAGGUCCUUCUCUCGGAUUCAGAAUCAUCAAACGGCUUCUCCUCCGUAGUACUCAACGGUGCUCUCUUCUCUGGAUCUCUCGGUGGAACCCAGAUAUAUCUAUAUGGCGGAACUGAGCAAAGUAUGAAUACGAGCUUUUAUGGCUAUGCCGACCCUAUAUCACCAAAUAAAACCCUUUUGUCGUACGAUAUAACGCAGAAUCAGUGGGCUUCGAUCAAUAUAGACUCUACGAUACCCGAAAAGCCCAGCUCCGGGUCAAGCGCUGAUGUCCCGGAUCAGGGCCUUGGGUUUUACUUUAAUGGCGAGAUCAACAAUGGGUCAAGCACAGAAACGACCUUGAUUCCUGGUGGAAGCUCCGUGCCUCUAGAGGGUAUGGUUAUGCUAAAUAUGACCGACAACACAACGAGGAAUAUAUCUACUGCUGCCAUUGAUACAAAUUCAAGAACGGCGAGUAUUUUACAGUAUAUUCCCGCAAUAGGAGAGAAAAACAAAGGAAUACUAGUACAAUUUGGUGGCAUGUAUCGCCCGGCUGGUAAUCUAUCAGAUGAACUCGGCACUCUGGCUCCAAUGGAUCAAAUCAACGUUUUUGAUAUCAACAGUGUGUAUAAUGAAGGAAAUGGCGCUUGGUACACUCAACAGGCAUCCGGAGAUUUACCCCCGAAAAGAAUGGAUUCUUGUACUGUCGUCGCCAUUGCCCCCGACAACUCGAGUUACAAUAUAUACCUUUAUGGUGGACAGGACGGGAAUUCUGUAUCCUACGACGAUGUCUAUGUGCUCUCGUUACCUUCAUUUAAAUGGAUAAAGGUCUAUGAGGCUGCACCAGGCAGCCCACGCUUUGGACACACCUGCCAUCUAGUUGGGGAUCGACAGAUGCUAACAGUCGGUGGAGCUCAAAAGAAGUUCUCAUCGUAUUGUGAUUGGGAAAGCUCAGGGCUGGCUAUUUACGACUUGUAUGCGCUGUCAUGGUCGUCAACUUUCCAUCAUGACGCUAACAGCUAUAUCGUCCCUGGUAAUAUAACCAAUGUUAUUGGUGGAAAUUCUAGUGGGUUUGCACACGUUACACGCCCCUCGAAUGAUUUUGCGAAUGCAGAUGUCGCCUCGCUCUUUAAACAAACCUUACUGGCCACAACCACCAAUACUUCCAGUACUACCAAUACUUCCAGUGGUACCACAUCCAACUCAUCUGAUAUGGUCUCAUCUUCAUCUUCAGGUGAUAAUGUAAGCCAUGCCGCAAGCACUGGCGUGAUAGCCGGGGCUACCAUUGGAGUCAUAGUCGCCGUUUUAAUACUCACAUCUUUGCUAUGGGUAUGGCGCAGAUCAUCUAUGGCUGGCCGCGCCAAAACUCAAGAAGAAAAGAGAAGCGAAUCACGCCAAUCUCUUAUUGUGGAGGACGAGAAAGCUGUCAAUCGGCUUCGAGCAAAUGUAAUGAGUAUCGCGUACGAUCCCAGCAAUCCCUGUCAUGUGCCGGGGAUAGAAGGACCAACGGAACAGAGUGAUGGGAAGCCGAAUGUUAAUGUUUUAUGA